AGCUCAUAUGAUUUUUAUUUAGGGUUUUGGGGUUUUUGUUUGUUUGUUUGUUUUGCUUUUUGAGAACUCUUAACCAUGUUGAUCCACUAAGUUUUUCGAUAUGAUUUUUCUUCAGAUAUUGGUAAUUUUCAAAUCAGAUGGAGAAUUUAUACAGUUUUAUAAACAAUAUUUAUAUGGUUAUAUAAAACUGAUUUUACAUUUUUUCCUCUGGCAUAUGAAGAAGUCAGGAAAUAUACUUUCAGGUGCAGUGUACUUUCUCUGGGGAUGUGGGGAACAGAAAGCAGUCACAUUGCUCAGAAAAGCUGAGAUCAUCAAAACUUGAUUCUUAAAUGCAGGCAUCUCUUGAAGAGCAUCUUCAUUUUCAGAGUGCCGAGCAUCAAACAACAUACAGUGAAGGUAACAGGAGAUGCUCAGUCCUUAGAAUCUUGCAGGAAACAAAAUCAACUGAACCUGAAUGCAGAUGUGAGACUUCUAGUUCUGACUUCCAGAUGUAAAAGUUUUUAUGAAUGUCAGGGACAGUUCUAUUCCAAAUGCUAUAACCAAAAGAAAUGCAAUUGUAUUUACUUUAAGUGUCCGAGAUGUAAUCCCGAUGAAGCUAAAAUGUAUACCUGAAAGUAAUGUUUUCUGUCUCUAGACUGGAUUCAAUCAGUACCUCAGAAGUUCUGAAUUCUACAUUGGAUCCAGCAGCACUUCAGACUUUGUAUAUUUUCACCUGAAAAACCUUCUAAGAAUCCAAGAUAACUGAUUACGAUGAACAUUUUCAGAUACACGAUAUAUACACGUGUGAAGUGUUUGCAGCUCGUUCAUUCCAUGCAAACAACGAGAGAAGCAAAGCACUGUUUCCAUAUUGCAGAUGCAGGUGCUUGGGAAGCUAUGGAAAUUGCUUCCUUGGGCUGCCAUGGGGAGCCCAGUGUAGAAGGAGCACAGUUCUUAGCAUUUGCUGGAAAAAGGCACCAGAAUCUGCCUGAACUCAGAGCCAAACCAUGGUCUGCUACCACCUUGGUACAAAAAGGAAUAGUCAGAAACAUGACAGAGAUAACACCGGUCAGAGAGAUUUCCUUCUAUGUCGCUGCCCUCAACAGGGAGCAGGCAGAGGUAUGGGCGGCGGGCAAAACCCAGCUCUUCGUGUGUGCUUGCUUUCCACCUCACAGCCAACUUCACCCCCACGUUUUUAACCCCGAGGACACUGGAUCUGUUCAGCCACAGACUCUUUUCCCACUCGCUAGAGUGGCUUGGGAUGCACGGAGAAAGCACGGUGACAAAACACAGGCAUUGAAGCUUGACUGCCAGGACAUUCCUCAGCCACUGAACUUUAUACAAAGUACCUCCCCAAGAACUGCCUGCGCACACCUUACUUUAACCCCUGGAUGCCCAGAACCACAUCAGCACUCACAGAACCACAUGCUUCCAUUUCUUUAAUGCAGAUAUUCUAUAAAGCUAUACCUCUUGAUAUCUGCUGACCCUUCAAUUAAAUUAUUUUACAAAAUAAUUCUUAAAAAAAAAAAGUUUUAAGUGCUCUCUGUGAAAUAAUGCAGAUGAUAGAAAAAUUGUUUUAAUUUCAGAGGAAGGACAUCAUGAGAACAGCCAGUAGUAUGGCACAGUUCCCGAGGGACUUCCCUUGGCAGUUAUCUUUAAUAUGUCUGCUCCAGCACUCUAUGUCAGUUCUUCAUAAUUUGCAGACAAAUCAUUCAGAAAACAAACAAACGAACAAAGAAAAAAAGCCACAACCCACCAAAAUUUACUAUAAGCAGCAAGUACCUUAUUGACAAAACAAACUCUCUGGCAGUUCCAAGAGAACUAGCUUGGCACUGUUAGGCUAUUGUUAUCACAACACAAGCACAGACCGCUUUGUUAAGAGCACCUUAUCUGAGAUACCUAAAUAGAAGGGCAAGAAGAUACAAGAGAACAAGCUGUCAGUAGAUGAGAGCAGAAAAACUGUCUCAAGUAAGCAGAGUUGUUGCAGUCCUGCAGAUGGGAGAGAUAAUAACGUUCCAGACACGGCGCUGCUGAAAACUUACCAAAGGG